AAACUAGAGCAAAACGAAAGUCCUUGUGAUAUAAUAUUUACAUAUUUUAAUCAUAUUUUGUUUUAUAAUAUUUACAUAUUUUAUUUGUUUAAAAAACCUAUAAAGUAUAGUAUAAUUUGUUUCACUAAAUAAGUGAAUAAGUAUUUUUUCAUUUUUUAUUUUUUGUAUUCUUCCUAUUGCAAAUAUAUCCUCCAUCGGUGAAAGAAAAAGAAAACGCUUGUCUUUGUCUUGGCUAUCCCAUAAAGUAAACCGUAUAGCGAUUUUUAAAGAAAAUGAAAAGAGACCUCUUAAAAGCAACUGGCAGAUAAUCAAUAAACAUAAAUACAGCCGACACAAAAUUGACUUCUUAUACUAACACUUUCCAAUUACACUUAGUGAAAAUCAUGCUACUACAAAAUACAAAAACAAAUAGCUAUACGUAAAACCUUUAAAAUAAACCAACACAACCCAACAGUCAAAUAACAAUAGACAGAACCGAAUACAUACAUACAUAACUUGAGACAAAUCAAAAUCAAAAGCAAAGCAAUUACCAUUAAACAAUUUUACAAAAUUUAAAUUCAAAAAAAAAAAAAUAAAUAUCCUAUACACCUAAAACAUAAUCGUAGAGUGUGCGAAUUUCAGGAGUAUGCUAAACUGCACAAAUAGCUCGGAGCCACAAAGUAUGAAUUCUGGCAUCGAACAUGCCGCGUUGAUGGUAUCUGAGGAAAAGACCCAACAUGACUCACCUGCAUCAGAGCGCUGUUUAGAAGGCGGCCGAAAUACACUCCAGGGCCGGAGCGGUGCCUCUGCGCCCCAUCACCAUCGUCAGCAAAUACCUGCUUGCCCGAGCAGCGGGCCUUGACUGAGGAACGCCUCACCUCCUGAAACUGCCAGUGUACAUUCCACGAAUGCUGAACAACACCAAUACCAACACCAACAACAGCAACAACCACAUCAGCAACAGCAACAGCAACAGCCCAAGCAUUCACGCCAACAGCAGCAUCAUCACGUACAUUGUAGCUAUGAUAAGGAUAUUGUAUGUGACGACACGCAAGCGCACCUGCAACAAUUGCAACAGCAACAGCAGCAACAACAGCACGGCGAUCAACCACAUAUGCACCAACCGACUCACUGUCACAGUCAUAUUGCUUACGCGGAACCGCUUCAGCAGUCCUCCUCCACACCGACGCCACACCGCCACCAGCAACAGCAGCAGCAGCAACGCAAGCACAGUCACAGCCAUAGUCCACACCAUAGCCGCCACACAUCACCGCACAGUCAUCACUCGCACAGCCAGCACUCGUCACCGCAUCAAUCACACCAUCACGUGCACGAGACCGACUCACUUACGCGCUCAUCACUCACGCAUCCACCACGUCCCUCGGCUAACAAUACACAAUCAUCAUCCUCUCAUCAUCAGCAUCAUCAUCACAAUCAUAGACGUAGACGUUCGCGUCACAACCAUCAGCAGCAGAAUGGAAAUGGGAAUGCAGGAGGCGGAGGCGGAGGCGGAGGCGGCAGCGGCAAUUCAAGCCUACAUGGCCCACAUGGGCACAGCCAUCAGGGGGAGCAGCGGUCUUCGUCGCGACAUCAUAGCCACGCGCAUGGCAGUAGCUGCACGCGACGACACCGAUCGGCUACCGAUAUUUCCAGCACAUCGCUCAAUACGUGUCAAGAUCCGACAUGUGUGGAUCGCGAAGUACAGGAUAUCCUGGUACGCAAGACCUGUUGCAACUCGUCUCGCACCGAACUGGCGCAAUAUUUCGCAGAAGAUCUCUAUGGUUCAACACGCCGUCCGUCGUCGUGUUGCACCUCUUCAGACUACUGCUAUCAAACAGAUUCAACCAGUUUGUAUGGUUCACGCUCAUCGCUCAGUCGUAACAACUCGAUUAAGUCCGCGUCCGUGGCAUUGCGCAAACGGCGUUUGCACCAACGUCAGCCUAGCUACACAUCGAUAUCGCUGCGUGGCUUGAAUGCAGGUCGUCCUAGCAGCCAACCCGGUUCACUCACUUCCGUUUUCGAUCGCGCCAAGCAGUUGGGUAUCGACGCCGCUGACUUGGAUAAACGUGGCAGUAGAGGAAAAAUAGUAGUUUCACCAUCGAAAGUAACCAUUGAAAGACAGACUUCAAAAGACGCACUGAGUAACGACCUGCCGGAGUACGCUUGCUCACCUUCGCCGAUACGCUGGAGCUUCCUCGCAGAUGGCAAAUCCCCAACUGAGAUGGAGCGAUCAGGCGAAGUGGAUACUAAGGAUCCAUGGACUUCCGCUGACGAGCAAACACGCGAGCCAAAACAGUCUAAAUGUGAGCACCGUAGCGAACAUCGUUCAUACACAAUGCAGCACAACAGUCGGAAGUACGCACAUGACGAUCGGCCAAGCACAUCGGCUGCGGCAGCGCGCAAAUGCCGUGAGAGUCCAUUCAACUGUGAUUUCGAGGAGUCUUCGACAACUGUGCUCUUCCAUCAAGAAGCCGACUCCUACAACAACUGUUGCAAUAACUACAUCCAGUGUAACACCUACCUCGACCAGGAUCUGCAGAUCACCAGUGAAGACAUUCACCAAUAUCUCUCCAAAGGCAAUCAACAGUCCAGUGAUGUGCUGAACAACUCCAAAAACUACCCAUUCCAGCCAAGCAACGCCUUGGAGUUUCAAUACAAAAACAACUUUGCGAACAACAACAUCGGUGCCGCCUCCUCUGAGGGUGGUGACUCUGUACGCGGCUAUGAAAUCUGCUUCCGCCGCAACUCCAGCAAGGAGACAAAUCUGAAUCAAAAUGCGCCUGGUGGUGUCGGCGGUUUAGCUGGUCCCGAUGACGAGGCGGCCAGAUGUGCGGCGUCCUCAUGUAGCAGCACGCCACUUUCGCCCACCAACAUCAAUCUCUCUUCCAGCACGAACAACAUUAAUAUCGUCUUUGGCAACUACACUGAGCGCAAUGCCAACGAAGUGAAGUUUAUCAACACCACACGCGCCGGCAAUGGAGUGGCGGUGUCAACCGAAGCUCAUCACAGCGGUUACCUACCCUUUACCUACCCAAGCUACGACUACACCAACAUGUCAGCGAAUUCAGUUUUCGACAAGCCAUUGGGCAUUGGUGAGUUGCCCAAGGACUUCACCAGCGCUGCUGGCAGUGCUGCAGAAAUGGAAGAAGGAGCUGUUGGUGGCGGUUAUGUGCGCAGCUCCUGCGGCUCACCAACCGUCACUGCCACCAGCGACGGCCAACACUCCUCCUUGCUGCAAUCGCCCGUACCCACUGGCGUGUCAUUCGAGUCCUUUGAUGCCGCUUCCGAUCACAAUUUGAUUUCAUGCCGUGGCAGCUGUCAAUUCUCACCCACGCCUCGAUCGCCCCUAUCGCCCGCAUCGCCAGCCUCCUCACCAUGUCUGUCGGCUUCCAUAAAUCCGGCAGCCGCCUCAUAUGUGAACACUCAUCAUCCGCACUUCCAUUAUCAGGCGCAUGGCGACGAUCGACAGCGCUCACCCGGCAGCGAUGCACGCCAUCAUUAUCAUCACAAUCAUGCACAAUAUCAUCAUCAUCACUUCACUGAAAGCUUUAAAAUCAGCAAUGCACUCAAUAAGGUGCGCAAGCGUGCACGCAAAUAUACUGAAUUCCUACGCAAGAAGUGAACAAGCGAUCGAACGAUUCGAGGAUCGGUGGCGCUGCGAAACUGAUCACGAAGCGAGCAGUGUGUAUCACGCAGCGAGCACCGAUCGGAUCGUUUGAACGAAAAGUCGCUGGAGCGAAGAAAAGCACAAUUUUGUAUGCGUUUACGUCUGUUUUCGGUAGAUUCUCCAUACUUCGGCAGAAGAUACGUGGUCGUGGCGCUCAACCGGCGCGCCUUUAGUUUGGACGAAGGCGGUGAAUGAAGCAACGCAUCUGGAGCAAUUUCGCAAAAUGUUUGGUUUUUAAUUUGCGACAACCAAACAGUUUCAACCCUUCUUCAAUUACAAAUGAGAGAUAGAUAGAUGAUCACAAGAAAUUACGACUUCAAGCGCGUCCAGCGGCCAAAUUCAUAACAGCUACAACAACAAAAAUAAGUAUUUAUAAGAGACGCACCUUUCCGCUCAUUCAUCACAUAAAAAUUCUUAAGAGUUUAGUAGUAGCAGUAAGAAUACUUAAUUCAUAUUUUGAGCUCAAAAACAAUCAAGGAUCAUCGCGUAGAGGUACACAACAAUCGAACAAUUGCCCACGCCGUGCGGGUCAGCUGCGCCCAGUAGCCCCGCACUGUGCGGUUGGUGGAACGGAGAAGCGAAUAGCAUUAGGCAUUGGUGGUGCAUACAUACAUACAUACAUACCAGCAUCCAUACUUGUUAACCUGGAAAAAAGAAACCACAACCGACAUUCAAUCUUGAAAAGCAAUAAAGAGCAACAAGCUAAAUAAGAAGCUAGUAAGGAGGAGAGAGCAGAGGUGCUUGUGGAUUUUGAAAUUGGAACUACUACUAAGUACUAAGUUGGUCGUUACGUGCGCAUAUGUAUAUGAAAUGCAGUGCAUGUAUUAGAAGUGUAAGCAGGCGUAAAUUAUUUACUUUGUUCACUGCCAAAAAAGAAAAAAUAGUAAAUAAACUUAUAACAAAAUGCGAGUAAGAAUGUCAGUAAGAAAUGCAGAAGUGUGGCAACACCCACCAUUCAAUGCCAAAUUCAGAAUGCAUACAUACAUACAUAUGUACAUGCAUAGGUGCUGCGUUUUAAUUGGGGGCGUGUCUAGCCACGCUGUUAUCAAUAUCACAAAAUACUCACUAAUACAUACACACACACACACACAAACACUCGCGUACUUAGUGAUAACGUACAUUAGCAUACACAUACAUAUGUAUAGACAGGGGCGUGCAUGCAAUGGCCCAGUGCGCCCCAAAAAUGAUAUGGCAGGCGCGCAAAAUGCAAAACCUCUACGACUGUUUUGCACAUAAAAAUUCAAAACUCAAACAAAAAAGCAAAACUCUGAAAAA